AUGUGCGUACGAUUUAUAAAAAAAUGCAUCAAGUCAAUAAACGUUGUCGAAAAAUGCUCGAGCUGUCUUUUCAAAAUGCUCAAGAAGUGGUGGACCAAAAUAACAGUGCCAGUUUACAAGAAAAAAAAAAAACAAAUUCAAAUCCUUCAGGAUGUUAUUGUUAAGCCAGCUUCUACAAGCAGUGAAACUACAACUUUUCAAGAACCUCGCUGCAGUUCAUCUAUUGCUUUUCAAGAACCUAGCUUCAGUUCAACUUUACACGAUAGCUCAAUGCGGGUAAGUCCUCAAGUUAGAAAGACUUAUUUAGACUUUACGCCUAAAAGAAAGAAAAUACAAAAAUCAGAAAACGAUGUUUAUGUUAGUCCUAGUACUGGCAAUACUCUUCAUGUACUGGAAAACGCUGAAUACGGACUUGCAACUCCUAUCCGCAAAUAUUAUAAUUUACGAAAAGAAACCCCAGUAACUCCGAACGUAUCAAAUCUUACAAGCAGGACUAGUUCUAUUAGUGACAUUUCAUGUGCAAAAUCCUUAUUAUGCCCACUAUCCAACGAGGAAAUUUGUGCAAUAUAUAACACCCAAACGCAGAAUAAUCAAAGUUCAUUGACAAAUUUGAAUAUUUCUACAAUUUAUGGUAAAGAUUUAAAUCCAGAUGCAUCUAAUAACAAUUAUACUCCCAACCCUUCCGAGAAAAUCUGUGCAAUAUAUGACACUCAGACGCAAAAUGAACAAAGUUCAUUAACAUAUUUGAAUAUUCCUGCAAAUUCUGCUAAAGAUUUUGAACCCGAUUCAUCUGAUGAUAGUUAUGCUCCCAACUUAUCUGACCUAGAAACUGAUUCUUCUUACUCCGACGAUAGUGAUGGUGAUGAUAGCGUAAUAACUUACUAUGAAAACAGUUCUGAAACCGAAUUAGUUCAAAUACUUGAAAAUACUCAAAGUACAGAAAACAAUAAUUUUGAUGAGUGGGAAGACAUUAACGAUACAAAACCUGAUUUCGAUGAAUUCAUAGAUAAUUGUAGACCGAACAUUCCGGAUAAUACUAUAACGCCAGCAGAUUUUUACAGUUUAUUUGUAACGGAUGAAAUUUUUGAGCAAAUGGUAAUAAACACAAACAAUUACGCACAAGAUCUUAUUAGUAAUCUAAGUAAUCUUAAGCCUAAUUCACGCUUGCUAGCCUGGACUCCUACAACUCCAGAGGAGAUGAAAAAAUUUUUAGGAGUGCUACUGGCGAUGGGUCUUCAUUUUAGUCAAGAGUCACCUAACGACACAGACAAAUUGAAAAAGAUAAGGGAUACUUUUAAUAAGAUUUUAGAAAAAAUGCAAACCCUUUUGGAGCCAGAACUUAUACGUAAAAAGACCUUCAUGUGUGGUACUCUGAGACCAAAUCGGAAAGGAAAUCCUAAGAAAAUAAUAUCCAUAAAAUUGAAACGAGGUCAAAUAGUAGGAAAAAUAAACCCAAAUGGGGUAAGAGUUAUAAAGUGGACAGAUAAGAGACCGGUUCAUAUGAUUUCUACGUGCCGAAAUCACAAUUUGACUCUUAAAUCUACAGGUAAGACGAACCGAAUCACUGGAAACAUAAUUAAAAAACCACAAUGCGUCAUAACAUACAAUGAGAAUAAAAAAGGCAUCGAUUUUAACGUCUUCAUAUUAUUCUAG